AUGAAGCUCGUGUUGAUGCUACUCACAGUCUUUUCAUGGAAAAUUCAAGUUUCGUGUGAUCAAUUAUUUACCUUUCGUGGUCAGCACAUCAGGAAGAAUGGACGAUUCAGCGCGCAUCACGAGCGCGAAUCACGCCAGCUUGUCUGUAUCAGUGAUAAUCCGUCUGAUGCAAUGACUUGGAAUACUCCUCUUCAAUGGGUGGAUACUUUCCUGAAUUGGAAAGAAAAAAACAAUAUGACAGCUCCUGUCCUUUCGGAUAAUGGAAGAAAUAACAUUAUUAACUGCAAAUUCGAUGAUGAUUCUAAUCCAUGUUUCGGACGGUGGCGGCAGCAACCGCCCGGUGCCUGGAAAAUCGUGAAAUCUCUAGAAGAACCCAUGGGACCUGUUUUUGACAGUAGAUGGGAAGCUUUACAAGAGUAUUCGAUAGUGUCAAAAGUGUGGAUACCAUCUAAAUAUAUCACAACAUUCGGUGCAACUGGAGCCAUUGCAGUGUCUGUCCGAGGCGAAUCCAGAGCCCAUUUUUUUCUGUGCACAACCGUAAAUUAUCGGUCAAGUUUCUGCUAUUGGAUCAUUAUUGGAUUCUCUCAAGAAUCUAAUAGUAUUGCAACAGUACAAAGAUGUGAAUAUGACAUUAAUGAUGGGGGAAUUCCAAGGAGCAACUGGAGCAGCUGUUUCUAUUUGUCUGGCCGAAACUUUCAUCCUACACCACUGAGCAUCUAUGAGUGGAAAACUUUUGUCAUUAAAUGGCAAGAAACUGACUGGUCUAUCAAGAUAUAUGAUCCUUACAAAUUAGCUUCGUCGUUUUUUGAUCAUGAUCCAUUAUGGGAUCGCCAAGGUGGAGUUCGAACGUACAAAGUUUAUUGCCAUGUUAACGGAGACGAAAUCCCAAAGAACUAUCGCAUCCACGAGUAUUCUUAUACUCUAGUCAAGCAACCAGACGCUCAGUUGACUGCACAACUGCAAGGAAAUGGCACCGAUAGUUUCUGUGUUGAGUUGCUCAUAGGAUUGUGUUAUAAGUGUGACUUGGAAAUCAGCUUAUGGGAUGAAAGCCACAAUCUGUUGGAAACAAAUACAUUUUACGGUCAUGCCUUUCAGAAAGCUGAUCACGGUCUCCCGUUGUGGCAAAAUGUCAAAGUCAAUUUCACAAAUAUCAACCCUCAUUCAGUACCAAGCACCAUCACGUUAAUCACGAGAGUGUCGGAAACCGGUGAUAAUUUAAACUACCGCUGGGCGAUUGCUGAUAUCCAUGAGUGCUUGCCAGAAGGAACUGUCAAAAGAAUGACCCUGUUUGCGGUACAAGAAUGGUACGCAGGGAAGUAUUGGUGGCCUCACAUAAUUUGCCAGAAAUUUUCCCAGGAUGGUACCGGAUUACUUGCGGGGCCCAAUGGCAUUUCAAACAGUGUUUUUAAACCGCAAGGCUAUUCCAAGAACAAUGAGCUCUGUCCAAAAUUCUACUUCGGGCCUCACUGCGCAACAAAAUGCUCUACAUAUUUUGGAGGUGAUUGUGUUGGUGUCACAAUGUGCGAUCCUGGUUUUUGCUACUGCUCUCAAGGUGUAAGAGGAACAAAUUGUGAUGAAUAUUGCUAUGCGGGUUUUUACGGAUAUGGAUGCACGGAGACAUGUGGCAAUUGCCUUCAGCAGUCUAAUAAGCGCGGGCACUGCGACAGGUUUACUGGAAUGUGCGAUGCUUGCCGUUCCUCGACAAACAGAUAUUUCCUACCACCUUAUUGCAAAGAUGCCGUAGAUGCCCCAGGGAAACCAUUGGUCAAUUAUGUAACUGAAACGAGUGUCCGUUUAGAUAUUCCCAUGCUUGAGGAUUACAAAAAAAUCAAUGCCGCAUUCACAUUCAAUUUAGAAACAAACAAUGGGGCGCCUUCAUAUCUGCUGGCGCGACCAAGCCACCCUAGUCAGCCUGGACUUCCCCAAACAUUAACUGCUACAUUCAGCGGUUUGAUUCCUGGCAUACAGUAUAAUGUCAGGAUGAUAAUAAAAAUAAACAAUGGCAGUAAUUAUUUAUAUAGCGACUUGGCCACUUUUGAAACUAAAUGUCAAAGUUCUGCCCGUUACAGUGUUGUAGCUGCUGAAACGAGCUUGACAGUUGAGAAAGUCUCGAAUCCGGACGUGACUAAUCAUUGUCCAGAUAGCUGGUAUACUGCAGAAAUUUCUGCUGUGGCAUACCAAAAGAGACGAUCUGCAAGCACAUGGCCAGUCAUUCUGAGUGAUCUGCCACCAAAUACUAUGUUCGACGUCAAAGUAAUCGGCUUAGAUAAAAGUCAACAGUAUCAAACACAAGUGCAAACGUUGGAAGCCGCACCAUCGAAAGUUGAAAAUUUGAAAAUUGAUUCUUUGGGAAGUACAUCAGUUAGAAUAACUUGGGACAAACCGGCAUACCCCAACGGCAACAUAAAAACCUAUGAAAUUAGACUUUGGGUGGACUAUUACAGAGGCUGUAAGGAUAAAAAUCAACCACAGCCUUCGGAUUCCAAUAAUUAUGAGGCUAAAAUGACUGUCAUUCCUUUCUAUCAAACUUCUUAUAAAAUUGCAGACUUGAAACCUUAUGUCGGAUAUUUUGUAUAUGUGUCGGCUCACCAUUCCAAACGAGGAGAAGAAGCUUCAGUAGACUUUGAGACGAAAGGAAUGGAAAUUCCGUCUGAAAAAUUUAAGGACCUGAAGUUUAUGAAGGAAAAUUCGAGUCUGAUGUGGAAAGAUCCUGAUUGCAGCACUAUCACUGGCUCAAUUGCUGGGGCUCUAUUAAUUUUCACGGGACAAAGUCCUGGCGUCAAGAACUUUUACCAUACCGAAACAACAACUAAUUCAAAUUUUGAAUUAAAUACAUUAAUUUAUAGAAAGAUAGCUCUUCACGGCCUAGAGACCUAUGGAGUUCAAGUUUAUGUGACACGUGAUGCCAAUGGCAAACAAUAUCAUUCGAGAUUUUUUUCUUCAUUGAAUUUCACUACUCCUUCAAGUGCUCCGCCAAAAGUUGAGAAUUUGGAAAUUGUGGAAGUUGAUUCGGAAAAUCAUGUGACAACUCUUAGAUGGCAGAAGCCUUUGCCUCCAACGAAUGGUCAUAUCAGUUACUAUACUGUUUCGUUUUCUGAGAGUGGUCGAUCCAAGGGUUUCAAGGCAGGUGCAAAUGAUAUGUGUCCGUUAUGGGAAAAUUGGUUGUGUACAACGGUUCCUAAUACAGCACUGGAAUCCAAAUCUAUAGAGGUCACAGCGCAUAAUGAAGGAGUAGAGAAAGCUGGAGUAGGAUCCAAAAUAGAGAAUCGUCUACAAGAAAAAGAAGCCGAUGCGCCUGGCAAUAUCAUGUAUGAAAAUGUAGGAAAUGGCAUAAUAAAUGUCACAUGGAGUCACCCCUGGAAAACAGGAGGUCCGCUGACGAAAUUUAAUGUAACACUUAAAGUAAUAUCGACAAAUCUGUCAAAGCCGCUAUCGAAAGAAAAAACUGAAUUAUUCAGCACAAAACCAAUCACAAAACGCACUUACAAAACGAAAUAUAGCGAACUGAUGAACCUCCUACCAUCAACUUCAUACAGCAUCCAGAUUCGAGGGGUCGGUAAAAUCUACCCGGGAAAAGUGGCCCAAUUGAACAUCACCACCCAGUCAUCUUUCGCAUUUGAUGCAGUGCAGCCCCCUGUAGUCAAUGCUGAAGAAUCACAAAUCAUGAUUAUUAUACCAGCAAUUCUGAACGAUACAAUAACAAACAUUAUGGAUGUCGUAGUUAUCGGUCCACCGCGCUGCAAGGACAUCAAGAUGGUCAGUGAUAUUCUAGCAAAUGACUUGGACCUGGAUUCGUACACUGACGCCUGGUCUGUUGCUACAUUUGCAACGUCCAAGAAAGCCAACACUCCAUUCACAAUUGGAGACGGAAAACUUCAUUAUAAUCGUUACAAUAAUACCAAUUGCCAAGUCUUUGACGGCUCCUAUCGGAUUGCAUUCCUGGUGCGGGAUAGGGACAGCAGUAGUUCACCCAAAGUUGAGAAACCUCUCAGUUGGAAAUCGGACCCAAUUAAAAUUAGUAAUGAUGUAAUGAAGGCAGGGUCCCCUUUGAAAUGGAUACUGCCAUUGGUGUUGAUUGUGGUGAUCGUAUGUGGCAUUACCUGGUUUUAUUUCAGAAGAUACAGAAAGAAAGCGGUUAUGAAUGAAAGCGAUGAAAAAUCUCUCGACGAUUUACCUUUACCAGUGAUUCGCUCUCGGAAAUAUCCGCGAUCUCCGCGGAAUGGAACCUCCCUUUUAACGGGAAGCCAGGAGUCUAUCGAGGAAGUAUUCGAUGAGAUUCAAAGUCCAGGUUUAAUAUCAGAUAGUCAACAGACGGGUAAAAAGGGCAAGCGUUCAUCGCUUGUGAAGUUGAAUGAAUUCCACGAUUAUGUUAAGAACGGAAUUGCAUCGGGGGAACUGGUGGAACAGUAUGAUACAUUCCCGAGAGGGCAAACGAAAUCAUGGGAGUAUGGAAAACUUCCUCAAAAUAGGAUGAAGAACAGAUAUGCAAAUCUCAUAGCGUAUGAUGAAACGCGAGUGAAGCUCGAGAUGCUUCCCGACGAGCCCUUCUCUGACUACAUAAAUGCGAACUAUAUUCCGGGGUACAAGAAAACUAGAGCAUACAUCGCUACACAAGGCCCCAAGUCGAAUACACUCAACGAUUUCUGGCGGAUGAUUUGGCAAGAAAAGGUCCAAGUGAUUUGCAUGCUGGCCAACGUCAUGGAGGGCGGAAAGAAAAAAUGUGAGCAAUACUGGCCAGACAUUGGAAAGAAAUGUGAGUUUGGAGGUAUUACUGUGGAUAACAUAAGCCAUACCGUUUUCGCGGAUUACACGUUCCGAAUUUUCAAUAUGACAUGCGGUGAAGAAAAUCGGAAGGUGGAGCAUCUUCAUUACACAGCCUGGCCAGAUCACGGGGUACCCCUGUACACCCAAUCCGUGGUGACAUAUUUGAAAAAAUUGCUUGCAACAAGCACAGGCCAUGGACCUGUAGUCAUCCACUGCAGUGCAGGGAUUGGGCGAACAGGAACCAUCAUUUUAUGUGAUAUAUGUCUGCGGAGAGCUGCUGCUGAGGGUGUUGUUGACGUCUUCGCGGAGACCGAGGCAAUAAGAAGUCAAAGAGCAAACAUGGUUGACAACAAACAGCAAUACCUCCUCGCUCAUUUAACAUUAGUCGAGUGUUUGUUGACUUUACCAACGGCGAUCGCCUGUAACGAGAGCCUACCCGCUAAAAUUGAGGAAUAUAGACCACGACUGCUUCAUCAGCUACAGAGACUUAACGAGAGUGCUUGGCAGGACGAGGCCCUGCAAUCCUCAGCAUCGAAACCAAUCGAAAUAUCCAAAACAAAUAUCCCGAAAAAUCGUUACCCAGAAUUGGCUGCGGUUGUUGGCCAGAAAAUCUAUAUUUCGAGGUACCCCGCAACGGAUGCUGACAGUGAUUACAUGUUUGGCGUUUAUGUGGACAGCGCGAGGAACAGGAAUAAUUACAUUGCUUCGCAACUGCCAUUACCAUCCACCGUGACAGAUUUUUGGAGAAUGAUCGCUGAAUUUAAAAUUGAACUUGUUAUAGCUCUGCAGCCUCCUGAUAAGAAUGAUCCUACAUGCUGUGAAUUUGCAACAGGGAAUGAUGAUGAAAUUAAACCGACACCUUUCUUAACUCUGAGAAGGAAAAAUGUAAUUGAGGAAGACAUCUGCACAAGCCAAAAAAUGUUGUUAACCGAUUCUUCAGCCAAACCUCCGCGGGAACAGCCAGUUACUGUUUUAUCUCUGAAAGGCUGGCAACCGGGGGAGAAAAAACCGCCCCCGCAACCAAUAACUCUGGUCGAUUUUUGGCAAUACGCCGAGAGAAUCUCCAGGGGCGAUGGACCCACCCUUGUUCUAUGCCAUGAUGGGGUCACCAAUUGUGGUCUCUAUUUGGCGCUCAGUUUCUUGCUGGAAAGAAUGGGAUUGGAACGGGAGUGUGACGUUUGUUUGGCCAUUCGAGCUAUGAGGAGAUCGAGGCCGGAUUUCUGUAAAACUCUGGACCAUUUGGAAUAUUUGUACGACGCCGCUGUUGUUUAUGCUGACUAUUUUGAGACCUACGCGAAUUUUACCUAAUUAUUGUGAUGAAAAAUAUGCACUUAUGUGAAUUGCGGUGGAUGGAUUCUGUAACUUCUAUUUUAUUCAGAUUUAAUUAUGUAGACUGUUAAAAAUUUCUUGAAAGUUCAGUCACAUCGUCAUUUGAACUUCCGAUGUUGUGAAGUUAAAUUCAAUUUCAAAUGAGAGUCACUCGAAUAUUCACAAAAUUCACUAAUUCACUAAUUCAAUGAAAAAAUAUCCUGAAAUUUCAUGUAACUGUGUCGUUGUUAAAAAUAUACAUAACAAUCAACAAGUAUUAUAGCUAAACGUUCAGCCACGGAAAA